AUGAGUCGCUUGGAUAAUAAAACUAUUCUCAUAACCGGUGCUUCUUCCGGUAUUGGUAAGAGCACAGCUUAUGAAUUUGCCAAGGUUGCCAAGGUCAAGUUGGUUUUAGGUGCUCGUCGUCUUCCUGCCGUUGAGGAGAUUGCUAAAGAUUUAACCUCUAAUUACGGUGUUUCUGUUCUUCCUAUCAAACUGGAUGUGUCGGAUUUGGAAUCGAUUCCCAAGAUCAUCGAAAACUUACCAAAAGAAUUUGCCGAUAUUGAUGUUCUGGUGAACAAUGCUGGUCUUGCCGUUGGUGUUGACAAGGUUCGCGAUCUUAAAGUUGAUGAUGCCGUUCGUAUGAUGACUACAAAUGUUCUUGGUCUAAUGGCUAUGACUCGUGCUAUUUUGCCUCUUUACUACAAGAAAGGCAAGGGUGAUAUUGUCAAUGUUGGCAGUGUUGCAGGCAGAGAGUCAUAUCCCGGAGGUUCUGUCUAUUGCUCCACCAAGUCAGCUGUUGCUCAAUUCACUUCUGCUUUACGCAAGGAAACAAUCGAUACUGGUGUCCGUGUAAUGGAAGUCGAUCCUGGUCAAGUUGAAACUGAAUUCAGUAUGGUCCGCUACUCUGGCGAUCACGAGAAGGCCGGCAACGUUUACAAGGGGUACGAACCUUUGAUCCCAGAAGACAUUGCCGAAAUUAUUGUCUUCACUGUUUCCCGCCGUCCUAACGUCGUCAUUGCUGACACUUUGGUAUUCCCUAAUCAACAAGCUGGCGCCUACCAUCUUUACAAGCAACCUUAG